AUGGAAAAUUUUUUUUUGUUAUCCGAUUGUAAAAGUGAUCGCUUGAGGCAACAAUAUGAUAAAUUUGCAAAUUUUUUCAUUCAUUCAUUCGUCAAUUGGCACGAUUUUUCUACCGCGGUGUUUCUAGAAAGUAUGAAAAUGCCGGUGGGAGUUUCUCGUUCUUCCGGUUUUCAAAUCUGUGAUAUAUUAGACCUAAACGAACAAGGAAAAACGGGUGGUCAUCCCGAUUCGGAACCAUCUCACAAUUCUUUACAAACUAUGUUACCCGGAAGUGGCGGCGGCGGCGGCGGUGGUGGUGGUGGUGGUGGUGCGAUAACUCCCGAAUUCAAUCAUCACAUAGCCGCAAGUUUAGCAGCAGCACAACAGGCUCAUUUGGCUGCGGGUUUAUAUUCAGCUCAUCAUACAUUAUCUAAUCAACACGAUGGACUUCAUCCUCACGCACAGUGGACUAGGCAAGAACCAUCAAGACAUGACGUUCCCAUAGAACAACAAGUCAGCCCCGAUAGUACGUCACCAUCAUCGCAAACUCAUUUACCGGGAUCCGAACAUCCUGAUGAUAUUUCAAUCGAUUCAUAUCGCGGUUACCCGAGUCCUACGAAUUAUAAGGGAAUUUCUCCAGAUCAUACUAGAGGAGCGAGAAGUCCCGGAAUCGGUGGUCCUGACACGACGGAUAACAUAUCUAAUCAAAAUGAAAUGGAAGAAGAAGAAAAUCACGAACAAUUAACGGUCGAGUCCGCUUUGGAAUCUCCAGGCGGUCAAAUAACGGGUCAUAAAAAGAGAAAACGAAGAGUUCUUUUUUCAAAAGCUCAAACCUACGAAUUAGAAAGAAGGUUUAGACAACAGAAAUAUUUAUCAGCACCGGAAAGAGAACAUUUAGCUUCCAUAAUAAGGCUAACACCUACCCAGGUCAAAAUAUGGUUUCAAAAUCAUCGGUACAAAACGAAACGAGCACAGCAAGAAAAAGGUAUCCACGAUUCGCGGAGUACUUCCGUCGGUACGAUGCCUUCACCGCGACGAGUAGCAGUACCCGUUUUAGUAAGAGAUGGUAAACCCUGCGGUCCAAAACCAUCGGGAAGUACAUAUUUCGAUUUGAACAGAGAUAAACCCCACGGCGUACCUUUAACCCUUCCAACCUAUACCCAUCCGGCAUUGAUGCAACCUCCACCGAGAAGUUGGUGGCCCAUAGCGUGA